UUUUCUCUUUUUCUGCCAACGACUUCUUUUUUUUUUUUUGGUUUAUAUUCAUGAGAUUCUCUGAUACGAAUACCAAUCAUCCGUCGCUUCUCCUUACUAUUGGUCUCAUUCGAGUCAUGAUCUUUGGUUACCUUCCCUGAAACAAAUUUGCUAUUCUAUCUGAUAUCUACUAGUUUUAGUUGGUUUUUUUUAUUACUAUUAUUAUUAUUACUAUUAUAAUUUUUAUUAUUUUUUUUCAAAAUACCUUUUAUAUUUUACACAUAUCCUCUCAUUCCUGACAAACUUAUUCAUCAAGCAUGAUUCCUCUUGGCCAUGUUAUUACUGUGGUCGACCAUGACCUAUCUCCUAUUCAAUUCCUUAUCAUGGAUAGUCCUACGGAAACAACUCUCCCACAUUAUUUGGACGCUUUUCAUCGAUACAAUGUUACUACUGUAGUUAGAUGUUGCCAACCAACAUACAAUGCAGAUAUUUUAUUGGAUAAUCAGAUUGAUUUCUUGGAUUUACCCUUUCGUGAUGGUGGCAUACCCAACAAUAUGAUUAUCAAUGAAUGGAUUGAUUUGAUCGACAAGUAUGCGCAGUAUCCUUAUCGCCCUCCAACAACAACGACUAUGAAACCAGCAAUAGCUGUUCAUUGUGUAGCAGGACUAGGACGAGCACCAGUACUCGUGGCAUUGGCACUGAUAGAAUUUGGAAUGGCUCCUUUGGAUGCAGUUGCUUAUGUUCGUGAAAAACGUCGAGGAGCUUUCAACAAACCUCAAAUUCAUUUCUUGGAUCAGUACAAACCAACAACGAAACAUUAUCGUCGGCAUUACUCCUCUUCUUCUUCUUUUUCCUCUGGUUCUUCUUCCGUCUUCUCUUGGGGUGGUCGCAUCAUGUUGAAAUUGACAAACAAAGUACAUCCUCCAACAGUUGCUCAACAAUAGAAGGCUUGAAAAAGGGAUCGGUAAUAUAUAUAUAUUUCAAAGGAAACUGACCCCCAAUUUCUUUUUUUUUUUUUUUUUUUUU